GGCUGUGUGUGCUCUUCCGGUUGAGGCAAACGCAAACAAGGAGGUGGCUGAAACUAGAUUAAUUUAGGUUGAUGUGUUUGAGGGAUAUCAGCAUUUGAGAAUAUGUUCUUGACAAAUUAUUGGAAAAUACAUUUCCUGACUUUAUAAGAGAGGGCAAAAGUAAACAUGGAGAUCUCGGAAGACUAGAGGGUUUAAGUUGAUGUCUUUGGAAACAAUAAACAUUUGGGGAAUGUCCUUGGCGUCUUGUCGGAAGAUAUAUUUCCUGAUUCUGGAAGUAGAUGGUUUGGUCAUCAAGUGAGGGAGGACUUCGACUCAUGUGAUGGUUGUGCUGGCAUAUGAGAGGAAGACCAGGCUUGUUGAGGAGGGGAAAUGAGCCAGUUGUGUCAAGUGGAGAUUUUCUUGUAGUGAUGUGAUGUCAGUUAGAGGACUUGUGGACUUGCACUGUGUAGCUGUUCAGUGUAGCUGACCUCGAGAUGCAUCGUCUGUCAAACUCCCCGAGGCCUAAGUCAUCGGCCAUGUAUGAGUACAUCGAUACGGACUCACACUACGAGGAUGUUCGAGGGACCCUGGCAAGGAGUGUGUCACAGAUGCCUAAUGGAGGCCAUGACAUGAGACAGUCAGUCGUGUCAGAGUCGCGGUCUGCUUUGACUGAUGUAACGAUGGAUACAGACGACACUGCAGCCAUCUUCCGGUCAGCUGCUGAUAAAAAGAAGCGAUACAACCCUCUGUAUCAGCCUGGGGGUGAGUCAGCGUCAUCAUCGUACGCCCGCAAGAAGAAACAGCAGCAGCAGGCCAACCUGGAGCGCCAUGUGCGAGUCCAGUGUGCCUUCCUCCUUCUCCUCAGCAUCAUCGCCCUGGCAGCCCUGGCUCUCAGCCUCUACCUCCUUGUCUUCCAAGUUACGGACCACAACAAAUAUGUACUUCGCAGACUCGGCAGCCUUGAAGAGACUAAUAAGAAACUACUACAAGAAAAUGAAGCACUCAUGGUGAUUGUGACAGCAGCUGGCUUCAACACUUCUUUGACAUCAUCACCACUUAUUAAAACUCUGACUAAUGCCAGUCAGACAGUGCUAACAUUUGAGGAACAACUGAACAGUCUGGAUCAACAGAUGACCUUCACCCAGCAGAAUGUUUCACAGACGUUGGACUACUGGUCGGCCUACUUCAAUGAAAGCAUUGCGAAGACCCAGAAGAUGCCAGGACCGCAGAGUAAGAUUGUGAUGUUUGCUUCGUGUGGUGUCGAGGGUGGCACGGCUUCUCACCUGGAACCUAAUGUCAUCACCCCCCACAAGGUACAGUACAGGUGUAUUUGUUCCGGACAGACCGCCAGCCGAGACAGAAUCUGCUCCAUCCAUCUGCUGUUGUGUCCAAGAGAAUCAUAGUGUCUGUGUCCUUCCAUUGUCAUGAUGAUGGGAAAUUCCAGAACUCUGCCAUCUGUUGCUGUAGGUAGGACUUACAGGAAGCAUGUUAUUUUGGAUCCUGAGCAAGACUUACAUCACAUGACAAGGAUCCCUGGUUACUGCUUUGGAUUGUUUUUGUUUAUUUGAUUGCCUCACUUUUGCACUGUCAGAAAAGACUGAAGCAGUGAAGCCUUAUUUCCAAAAGGGAUUCAUUUAACAAUUCCAUUGGGCCUGUGUGUAUGCCUUCCUUAUGUUGAAGCAGUGUAUAGUGCCAUGGAUGAUACUGACUCAGAAAGAUGAAUGAGAUGAGAGUUGCAUGAGAUGAGGAAUACUAUAGAGAGACAGUGCCUUGAUUUAUGCCUGGUCAUAGGUGGACAGAACCACUAGUGUGCAUGGAGUACAUGAAAGUUAUGCCAGAGAAAUCACCUUGUACUUGAUGUUCCUGGUGUCUUGAUGAAGUCAGCCAACCUACAAGGCACUGACCAUUUGCUAUUCUGGGAUUAUUUCCUGAAAUUAUUUUCGGAUUAUUUUCUGAAAUAACUUCACUGUAAAUAGGUUGUGUGCCUCAUUUGAACAAUAUGUAAAUAA